CGAGCUCACCCGCGCGGCCGCGCCGGGGUUCGCGUCCCUACUCCUCUCCCUGCUCCGCCGCGUGCCCUUCCCCGGAGACGCCCGCCUCCUCGACCUCAUCCGCGAGCAUUCCUCCUUCCUCGCCGCCGAGGAGCCCCAGCUCAUCGCCUCCGCCGUCUUUGCGUUCCUCCGCCUCCUCGCCAGGAACCGCCUCGCCCCGUUUCCCAGGAGCGCCGAGUGCAGCAACUGCGACGAGUGCAAGAACGCGAAGAACCUCGAAGAGUGCGUAGAUAAGCUGAUAUCCUUCUGUGUCUCGGUGCUGCGGGAUCACUUGCAGGUGUGCACGCUGAUCGGGAGGGACCUCGCGCGGUCGCUCCAUGAACUGGUGCUCGUGCCGGAGUUCCAGGGACUAUGGAAAGACUUGAUGCUGGCCCGCACUGUUGAUAUCUGCCGGUUUGCCACUCCAGGUUGGUGCACCACCUUGUCUAUCUCGCCUGAGAUGGAGACGCAACUGCUCUUCUUGAUGAACAAUGUGAAGUGGGGAAGCCAGAAGAGGUACCAGCUGUGGUUUGCGAGGAAGCAUUUGAUGGUGCCUGGAGGGGAGGAGAGGAUACCGGACAUUGUCCGCUUCAUAUGCUGCGGGUACCACCCGACCAAUGAGGUUAUACAGUCCGGUGUUAUUGCUCGCUGGGCUGUCAUUGGUUGGUUGCUGACUAGUUGCAGCAAGGGAUACAUUGUAGCGAAUGCCAAGUUGGCGCUCUUCUAUGACUGGCUGUUUUUUGAUGAGACCAAGGGUAACGUCAUGAACAUUGAGCCCGCAAUGCUUCUGAUGUUGAACUCAAUAUCUCAGUAUGUAGAUAUCACAAACAUGCUACUUGAGUUCUUAUUUCUUCUGAUUGAGCACUAUGAGGUGCGGAGGAAGGAGGCCAUCGAGCAGUGUGUGAGGUGUGCAUUUACAGUGCUGGUGAAAAAAGGAGUGCUCCCAUCAUUGGAGUUGUUGACAUGCUGCGAGAAGCUAUCACCAUUGCUUAGGCAGAAGCUUGUGGCAUUUUUAUCUAGUACCAGUCCUGUAGAAGCUGUAGAAGCUUGCUUGAAACCGGUUAGUGAGGUUUCUAAACCAGCAGAAUUGAAGAAGAGAGUUUGCUCAAUCUAGAUGCCACAACCUUCUAUUUCCUGAAUGAAUGAACUGCAGUCAGCACCAAUCCACCAAUAAUUCCACCUUGUGAAUGAUCUGAGAAGGCAUACAGAGAGGGUCUACAAGACCACACCAAUUUACAAGCAAUUCAGGUGAAGGCAUCCUUGAGCAAGAAAAAGGAAUUUGGAGUGUGGGCUCAUCAUCAGCUUGCCCUUGGACCUAUAAACCUGGUCCUCACCAAUAUCCACAGAAUAUGUCCAAUCAAAGGCUACUCUUCGAUUCGAACUACACUAGAAGUCAAUUCAAUUCCGUCCAAUUAAUGCUGAUAACGCCACAGUACAUGCAGAUCAUGAGCAGGAAGCUUUGAUUUUUGAUUUCUGCUGGUUGAUAACUAAAACUCAAGAGUUUCUCAACAUAUAGUAUCUCUGAUUGAUAUGCGGAACACUUAUGUUCAUCUGAAGCAUAGCAUGAAUUUAACUGAAGGGUAGACCGCUUCUUGUGAUUCAUUACAAUUUAACUUCAAAUGUGAUGAACUGAAGUGCUGGCAGCAAAGUAACAACUGUCUCACAAACUCAUCAUCUGCUUGAACUGAUGAAAGAAGCCUCAUGGCCCUUUUGACAAUUCUGAGAUAAAUACACAAUAUAUGGAUUGAAUGAUGUGAUCAGACUUAAGACCUGGUGGCAUGUGCAGCACAGACAUCAUGCAAAUCAAGCUUGUGAUAGCGAGUGUUUUUAUUCAGGCAUGCUUAUACACCUCAUGGGAGAAGUCACAUACACCAUGGGGAGUCUUUAUGGAUGUAUUUCGAGUUAUAGGACAUUAUCUGAUCUAAGUAGGCCAACCUUAUGUACUUGUAAACUAUUUGUAAUUACCGGUUUUUGUUAUUCAGUAGUAAAAUCCCUUUCAUCGUAUUUAGUGUCUUGUCCUUUCAUUGAGGGCAGUAGGCUCCACAUACCAACUCGCUCUCUGAUGUUAAUGUUUUUGGUGAGUAGACAAAGGUGCCAAAUUCCUUUUCUGAUUUACGCUUUAAACUUUUAUCGAACACCUCGAGUCUGGAAAAUAUGCAUAUUUGUAUCCUUA